AUGGGCAGUAAUGUCCGGGCUGCAUCAGCAGCUAUUGAAUUAUUGAAGGAUUACAAAGUUCAAGCCAUCAUUGGUCCCCAGAAAUCAUCUGAAGCUGUGUUCAUAUCCAAUCUUGGAAAUGUAACCCAAGUCCCCAUAGUAUCGUUCACAGCAACAAGCCCCUCUCUCACUUCUGAUAGUAUGCCAUAUUUUUUACGAGCAACAUUAAAUGACUCAGCUCAGGUGAAGAGCAUUGCCUCACUUGUACAAGCAUAUGGAUGGAGAGAAGUGGUGGCAGUAUACGAAGACACUGACUAUGGAAGAGACAUUCUACCAUACCUCAUUUAUGUACUUCAAGAAAUUGAUGUCCGUGUUCCAUAUCGCAGUGUCAUCCCUUUGGCAGCAACAAGUGAAACCAUUCUACAAGAACUCAAUGGAUUGAUUGCAAGGCAAACAAGGGUGUUUAUUGUUCAUAUGUCAUCCACUAUGACUACCCUUCUUUUUAUGAAGGCAAAAGAGUUAGGGAUGAUGAACAAAGGGUUUGUGUGGAUCAUCACAAAUGGAGUGGCAAACAUCAUCGACUCACUCAAUCCAAGUGUCCUUCAGGCAAUGAAUGGUGUGCUAGGAGUAAGGUAUUAUGUUCCUAGAUCACAAGAACUUGAUGACUUAUCCAUAAGGUGGAAUAGAAUGUACCAACAGGAUAACCCAGAUGCAUCACCAUUUAAUAAACUAAACAUUGUUGGUCUAUGGGGCUAUGAUACGACAUGGGUAUUGGCACAGGCAGCAGAAAAUGUUGGGAUAUCAAGUGCCAGAAAUAAGCAACCAUGGUACAUUAAAAAUUCUACAUGUUUGGAAUCCAUGGAUAUUUCCAUUAAGGGUCAUAAACUAUUAACAUCAAUUGUACAAAAUAAGUUCAGAGGUUUAAGUGGUGACUUUGAUCUUACAGACGGACGACAACUUAAAGUUUCUGUGUUCCAAAUAAUAAAUGUGGUUGGGAGAGGUUGGAGAGAAAUUGGGUUUUGGAAUGUGAAAAGUGGACUUUCACGGGAGUUAAAGCAAGAUUACUUCAAAAAGACAGGACCAGCUUCAAUGCCUGAUCUAAAUCCUGUAAUUUGGCCGGGAGAGUCGACCGAAAAACCAAUGGGCUGGGAAAUUCCUACAGGUGGUAAGAAGCUUAGAGUAGGUGUGUACUCAAGCGAAAAUCCGGAGUUUAUAAAGACAUACAAAGAUCCUGUCACUAAGGCAACAACAGCAAGUGGCCUUUCAGUUGACAUAUUUGAGGAGGCAGUAAAGAGGCUACCUUUUCCAGUUUCAUAUGACUACAUAGAAUUUGACACAGGUGAUACAGCAACUUCGGGGAGCUACAAUGAUUUUGUUUAUCAAGUCUAUCUUCAGGAAUACGACAUAGCGGUUGCAGAUACUACUAUAAGAUACAAUAGAACAUUGUAUGUCGACUUCACUGUACCAUACACAGAAUCUGGAGUAGGGAUGAUUGUUCCGGUCAAGGAAAACUUGAAUAUGGACAUGUGGCUUUUCUUGAGACCAUUAAGCACUGCGAUGUGGUUUGGUAGCAUCAUAUUCUUUAUGUACACAGGAUUUGUUGUCUGGCUUCUAGAGUAUCUAAAGGACAAUGAACAUGAUCCCUUUUCACUCGAACAACUGGCGAUUACAAUAUUCUCCAUUUUUGAAGAGAAGGAGGAGCUGAAACACUUUCUGGCUAGAAUUGUUCUACGUGUAUGGAGGGUUGUUCUUCUGGUACUUGCAGCAAGUUAUACGGCAAGCUUUGCAUCAAUGCUUACUGUACAACAGCUUUCACCAACAGUGACUGAUGUUCAUGAACUACAGAAGAAUGGAGAAUACGUAGGGUUCCACCAAGGUUCCUUUGUAGAAGGCCUACUGUUGGGGAUUGAUUUUGAUGCAUCAAAGAUCAGGGGCUAUGCUACACCUGACGAUUUCUAUAGUGCUCUUUCCAAUGGAAGCAUUGCUGCACUUGUAGACGAAGUCCCAUACAUCAAACUUUUUCUCGCAAAGUACAACAAAGGUUACACGAUGGUGGGGCCAAUUUAUAAGAGUGCAGGUUUUGCAUUUGCGCUUCCCAAGAAUUCUCCGCUACGUGCUGAAUUAUCGAGGGCAAUACUCAACAUAACAGGAGGAGAGACCAUCAUUCAAUUUGAAAAGAAAUGGAUAGGUCAAAAUAGCCAUGAAAAUGAUGGCACACUUGAUGGUUCAGGCGCUAUCACUUUUGAAAGUUUUGGGGGAUUAUUCCUCCUAACUGGAAUUGUGACAACAUGUUCCCCUCUUGUAGCCGUGCUGAUGAGGCGCUACAAAAAACAACAAGAAAAUGCAGAGAACAAAGGAGAUGGCCAGAAUGAAUCUGGACCUGGGCAGGAAAAGGAGAAGAUGGAAGAGCAAGGAGAUCAAAACAGCAAUGGACAGGGACUUGAAUUGAUGAAGAGCCAAACAACAUUGUCAAUGAAUGCAUGCACACACCCAAGAUAA